UGGGCUGCACUGUACAGAGACACGGUGAUCCUUGCUGUGAGCCACCAGCUCCGUGUGCUGAGCUGAGGGCUAAUGGGCCCCACAAUAAUGGGUCCUUUUCAGAUUCUGAGGUAGGGAGAGGAAUCAAUAGACCCAGGAGAAGGGCUCAGCUGUUGCUAAGGUGGGAAAAAGGGAGGCUGGAAACAAAGAGGUCAGCCACACCUACUCAUGGCUAACAAAAUGAGUUCAAACAUCACUACUGCCCCCAGUGCCCUCACAACGACCGCUGCUCUGACUACUGCCAAGCCUGGCUUCAUCGAUGGCAUUAUUAACAAAAUACCUUUACCCAAAUGGGCCCUCAUCGCCAUUGCAGUCGCGGCAGGCCUUCUCCUCAUCCUCUUCCUCAUCUGCAUCAUCAAGUGCUGCUGUUGUAAGAAGAAGCACAAGAAGAAGGAGAAACUCAACUUGCAAAACAUCAAUGGCGCCACCACUGCCAGCCUGGUCCAGCCAGAUAUGGAAGAUUUGGAGUCUGGACUCGAGAACGAGAAGCGAGGAAGGCUGCAGUAUUCCCUGGAGUAUAACUUCCGUAGCCAGGAGAUGAAGGUUGGAGUGAAGCAGGCAGCAGAUUUAAAGGCCAUGGACAGCGGGGGGACCUCUGACCCAUACGUUAUUGUCUACCUAACAUCUGAUAUGAGGAAGAAGUAUGAAAGCAAGGUUUACCGGAAGACGUUGAACCCUGUCUUCAAUGAGACCUUCACCUUCCAGAUUCCCCAGGCGGAGAUGUCCGAGUCCACCCUGGUGAUGCAGAUCUACGACUUCAACCGCUUUGCCAAACACGACAUCAUCGGCGAGGUCCGGCUGCCUCUGGGCGACUUCGAUCUUCAGCAUGUGAUUGAGCAGUGGCAAGAGCUCACCGCUGCCAGUAAGAUGGAGCAAGAGCGCCUUGGGGAGAUCUGUUUCUCACUCCGAUACAUCCCCAGCACCAGCAAGCUCACUGUGGUGAUCUUGGAAGCCAAGAAGCUCAAGAGGAUGGACUCAAGUGGAUUGUCAGACCCCUUCGUCAAAGUGCAGCUUAUCUUGAACAAGAAGAAAUGGAAGAAGAAGAAGACAGGUGUGAAGAAGAGCACUUUAAGCCCCUACUUCAAUGAGGCAUUUACUUUUGACGUGCCUUUCAACCAGAUCCAGAACAUCGACUUGGUGAUUUCAGUCUGGGAUCAUGACAAGGUGACCAAGAACCAACAGAUCGGCAAGGUGUUCCUGGGCUGCAGAGCCACGGGCAACCAGCUGCGCCACUGGUCAGACAUGUUGGCCAAUCCCCGCCGACCCAUCGCCCAGUGGCACAACCUGCAGCCGGUAGAAGAAGUGGACAAUGCCCUGGGGCUGAAAUCCCACUUCAAGCUGCCUCUGCCUGGCAAAUAAAGGGAGGCUUCUAUCUCUCUCUCUCUCCACUUGGGAUCAUAAGGAACUUGAGACAAUGGGCAUGCUUGGAUGGAUGGUCUGGAGUGCCAAGGAAAGGCAAGAAGUGCCCGGGCUGGGAGAGUUGGGGGGAUUUUGCUAUGAAGAAUCUGUAUGGAUUAGAUUUGUAGCCAAAAUAUAAGUGAGCAAGAACCAAGUUCUUCAGGCCA